AUGGCUCAUUGUCAUAAAGAACUAUUUAAGAUAGGCCAUGUUAAUGCACAAUCGCUGGAGGCUCAUUUUGCGGACAUCCCAUCUUUAAUCUCGGAUCAUCAGCUUCACCUGCUGGCGAUUAGUAAGUCCUGGCUUAAACCGUUUAUAUCUUCCAAUAGAUUUCCAAUACAGAACUUUAAGCUAAUUUGGUCUGACUGCGUUGGAAGAGGCGGCGGAGGUGUAGCAUUGUACGUGCAUGAGUCCAUUCCAUGUAGAGUGGUAUGUCACACCAUGGCUGGUGAAACCUACUCAAAAAGACCUGAGUACCUCUUUGUUUCGCUUGACUUCUGCGGUGCGCGUGUGCUGCUCGGUGUCAUCUAUUUUCCUCCAAAGGCUGGUUAUUGGUCUGACAUUCAGGAUGUUCUUAUGAAUUGCAAUGUGCCUUGUGAUUUUACGGUGCUGCUUGGGGACUUCAAUAUUAAUUGGACUGAUGAUUCUUCGAGCUGCCGCACUUUGCGGAGCUCCUUGACGGUGUGUGGCCUUCAGCCUCUUUGCUUUUUGCCAACCCAUCACAUUGGUGAUUUGCACACGACAAUUGACUAUAUCUGUGUAAGUGAUGUUGACCGUGUUCGCGAUUUCACUCAGUUGCCUUAUCCUGCACUAUCUAAACAUGAUUUCCUGUCGGCUUCACUGUUGUUUGAAAUCCCGCGGAGUGUUAGUCGCUUAGUGACAAGACGAUCAUUCUGUGACUUUGACAUUGCUUGUUUCAAUAAUGACCUUCAAACCAUGGAUUGGAGUGACCUUCACGGGUUGCCGGAUGUUAGUCGGAAGGUUGAUUGUUUCAUUGAGCGUCUUACACAGCUCUACGAUGUACAUGCCCCAUAUCAAGUGUUCACCCCUCGAAAGAGGCGUUCACCUUGGAUUACUGAUGGUCUGCGCGAAUUGAUCAGGGCACGAAAUAGGGCGUGGACUGUGUACAGGAGAUAUAAAAGGGAAUCUGAUCAUGCAGCAUACAAGCGGUUACGGGGUCAUGUACGCCGAGCAUCGCAUCAGGCCAUGACAACUUACUACAGGGAUAGAUUGGUUAAAUCGAGAAGUGCGACCGAAAUGUAG